CUCUGCCCGAGACCGAAGGCAACUGUUCACAGUGGACUUGAGCCGUUGGGAGAGCUGCGAGGUUGUCAUCGAUCGUGCAUCAAUUGCUUGCUGGACUCUUCGGCACAGCCUUGAAUUCUCGAUUGCGUGCAUUCGCCGUAGAAGAGACCGCUCCGAAAUACGAUCAGGUGGCAGUUUACCUCGAGAGAAUUGGUGGUCUGGUGAGUUUUUUCAGGCUUUGUGAGGUUUUUUUGUGGGGGGGCUUUCAUGGAUCGGUGACUGACAGGGAGUUCCGUGGCGUUGUCGUCGUGGUUUUGCUGCAAUUGGACCUCCUCUGUGGAGAAGAAAACACAUCAACAAGGAGGAGGAAGUUAGCCUAAGCUAGCCUGUAUAGACCAAAGUCCAUCGUCAUGGAUUCAUUUACGUUAUCCAGCAUGGUCUCUACAAGCAGCUCUGACUUUGUGCGGUGCUACAUCGGCGGCUCCUCGGUCCAACCUGUUGCUCAUUUGCAGAGUGUGUUUUCUCGUGUCAGCACCCACAAUGCGCGGGUUGCAUCGACCAAAAUAUUUCUCAAAACAUCAGUUUCUUCAAGCAGCUUGAGCUCCUGCCCUUUUUUUAGUGGUCUGUCGUUGCGUCUAGCACCUAUUACUAAGAAAGGAGAACUUGUAAAAAAGUCACCCGUUUUGCGAAUCGCUGCACAAGCCUCUGGUGCAGACUCGUCAGAUGCUCAUUCCGACGAAACUCCGAAGGUUGAUACAGCUGCGGUGGCCAAGUCUGAUGCAGCGCACAGAUUGAAAAUUGGGACCUAUUUUGCCGUCUGGUGGGGUUUAAACGUUGUGUUUAAUAUCUAUAACAAGAAGGUGUUGAACGCGUAUCCUAUGCCUUGGUUGACAUCCACACUGUCACUGGCAGCUGGUUCUGCGAUAAUGCUUAUUUCGUGGGCUCUAAAGAUUGUGGAUCCACCUGAGGUGGAUGCAGACUUCUGGAAGAGCCUUGCCCCGGUAGCGCUAGCACAUACAAUUGGUCAUGUGGCAGCGACAGUGAGCAUGUCGAAGGUUGCAGUAUCUUUCACACACAUCAUCAAAAGUUCUGAACCUGCAUUUAGUGUAAUCAUCCAGAAACUGGUCUUCGGAGAGAAUUUUCCUCUGCCAGUAUAUCUCUCUCUCCUGCCAAUUAUAGGUGGAUGUGGCUUAGCUGCCGCGACAGAGUUGAAUUUUAACAUGACAGGAUUUGCAGGGGCUAUGAUCUCCAACAUUGCCUUCGUAUUCCGUAACAUUUUCUCAAAGAAGGGAAUGUCCAAGGGCAAGAAUGUUGGGGGGAUGAACUACUACGCAUGCCUCAGCAUGAUGUCGCUCGUAUUCUUGACGCCUUUUGCUUUUGCUGUGGAGGGCCCCAAGGCUUGGACAACUGGUUGGCAGGCAGCGCGACUUGCCCAUGGCAACCAAAUUUUAUGGUGGGUCGUGGCACAGAGUGUGUUUUAUCACUUGUACAAUCAAGUGUCUUACAUGUCAUUGAACGAGAUUUCUCCUCUCACAUUUAGCAUCGGUAAUACCAUGAAGCGUGUCACUGUUAUUGUAUCCUCGAUCAUCAUCUUUCACACAAAAGUCUUGCCCAUCAAUGCCUUGGGUGCUGCCAUUGCAAUUUUCGGAACCUUCUUGUACUCUCAGGUUAAGCAGUAAAAUUUACACGCGCAAAAAACUUGCAUAUUUGCAAGAACCUCUCUUAGUGCUUCGCUCUGAGUUCACAGAUGAAGAAUUUUGUUCCAGGGCAUCGUCCUAAUGACGAGGACAUAUUCUGUGAAGAUAGAUUUAAUAAGAUUGAGAACAUGUUGAGGUAAUGGAUAUCUGCCCGUGAACUUCUGUGUCACCGUCGUAGCCAGCAGCAGCAUUGUACUGUAGAACUCCACUCUUCCUCUUCAAUUAUGCGCAUUAACUCCAUUAAGCUGUAAGUUCCGUAACCAUUCGCAUACUAACAGAAAGCACAGUUCUAUGCUAUACUCCCAGCGCUUCGCUGGGCUUUUUGGAGUUCGAGAGGCGCGGAGGAUGUGGACCUUGUUAAGUUGCCGACAAGAAAUUCAGCUCUGCAGCUGCUGGUUCUUGAGCAACACAUUUGAUCAAGAGUUGGGUUACAGAAUACAGAAAGAUUAGAAUUAGUUUCUUUGGUAUGUUUGAGGAAACGUGCUUCGGUUUUUGUGUCAUGGUCUUCCAUCCUAAUAUCAGGACGGCAGCUUGCAGCUCCGAGAGCUCGGCAACCUGUUAAGGAUUGUAAUUGUGUUUUAAUGUUCAAUUUGCAGAACUUUCUUGUUUGCCUAGUUCCAACCGGACAAUACUGUUAUUGUAUCUCUUUUGAAGAAACUUUAAAAU